AUGUCCAACACAGCUAUGCGCAAGAGCCGUCGCUACCAUCAUCGUUGUCUCGCGCGCAUGAAGCGCCUCAUACACAUCACCACGCAGACAAAUACUAUCACCACCGACGCAGACUCGCCCGCCAUCGGCCUCUUGGCUACCUUUGCUCGCUCAGAGGAAGACAACCCACCACCACAAACACUACCUAAUCCAUCAGUCCACGAUGGCGGCAACACAGCACGUAGACCCGACCAGGAGAUCCCCCUCGACACGGCAACAGAAACCUCCCUCUUCGACGAGACAAAGUCCACUGCCGCUACCCCUUCCUCCGCCUCGACGACUUCCGCAACCCAGCAAGCUGGCCGAGAGAAGCAUGGGCAUCCUACCUCACUAACAUGA